AUGUCGAAUAAAGUCUUUUGGGCGCUGAGCUGCUCGCUGCUGUCGCUCUGCGGGUUCCUCUUUUUGUUCCUGGUGGGGAUCCUAAUCAAGGUGCAACCCGAGUACCUCAAGAUCAGCAAGAGCGCUGCGAGUUCCGUGUCCAUCUUUGAGUCUGCGUGUCUAUACGGGACGCUCUUUGUCGUGUCGUCCAUGGUCUAUUACAAGGAGACGAGGAAGAGCGGACGGGAAGAUCGAGACCUCAGCGGCUCGACGCUGGAAGAGCGCCAGAGUUUGCUGAACCAGCCAAUGGUGAGCUACGGUUGA